AUGCUGGCCCGAGUCCUUAUCCCGGAGAGCUCUGUCGUGGAGGCCUCAAGAUACCUUGGCUAUGGAGGCAGCCCACGACAUGCGGUUGCUUUGGCCACGGUGCUACUGCCGCACGUUCCUCCAUCAUCUCUGCUCGAGGUUCACUGCGCUGCACGCAAGGUGCCUGCGUUGCAGCGCUUGGCCGCAGAUUCGCUUCCGCUGCGGGGAGUGCUGCUGGACCUACGGGGUCUCGCCUUGCCAGCUUGGGCCGUCACGUGGCUGCGGAAAGCCUCGCAGCAGGAGCUGGCCGAGCUCUUUCAGAAGCAUGGAGAGCAAGAGGACGACUUGCUCUGGGCACGCUUUGCGCAGGUGGUGGCUGUGCAGAGACAGACGUGGAACUUGCAGGCCAACUCGGACAUUGCAGGCCUCUUCCGGAGUGCUGCAGCGCUGCUGAAUGACCCUGCGGGACCUGCUCCGGAUGCAGCGCUGAACGCCCUGAGAGCGGCGCUCAGAGAGGAGCAGACGGUGGUUCAAGACGGAUUGAGAGCCGUGCUGAGCCACCUCGAGGUCAUGGCCUUGAGAACUUCGUCGGGGCGCGGUGCAUCUUGCUGUCAGACCGCAGGGACUUCUGCGUGGGCAUCCGCCGCUUCCUGCGGGAGAACGAGGAUGUCGACGAGGAGCUCGUUGCGAGUUGGCGGCCUCACAAGGUGCCCUCCUUGUUUCCGUUGGCCCAGCGCGGGGAGCAGAAGUGGUGCCUGGCGGAGGUGA